AUGCGUUUCUCGGCUCUUUUCUUCACGGCAACCCUGGCCCUCUCUGUCGUUGCCCAUGAAGGCCCUCAUAGGCUACCAACCGACAAGGAAUUUUCUCGCAAAGCGUCUUUGUCUGCUCGUUGCUCGGAGCAUGUUGCUGGAUUCAACACGCGACGUGUGAAGCGUGCCUUCACUCCCCAUGUCCGAGGAAACACCACUGUUCAGAUCCAGACCCAAGCCCCUCUUUACGAGACGAUCCAGAAUGAUACCUGCGUUCUCAGUCCUGAAGUUACAGCCGGCCCCUACUACUGGCCUCACUCUCAAACCCUCCGUCAAGACAUGACAGAGACUCAGGAAGGUGUUCCUCUGUGGCUGGACAUCGGUGUUUUGGACAUGGCCACCUGCAAGCCGUUGGAGGGAGUGAUGGUUGAUCUAUGGCAUUGCAAUGCCACUGGAAGCUAUUCUAGCUUUACUGAGUUGUCCCCCAACACCAAAUUCCCGGACCUUCUCUCUGAACUAGGAAGGGAUGCUUCAGACUUUGAGGUUGGCACCACCGAUAUCCACACCGACUCGGAGACUUGGCUGCGAGGAAUGUGGCCAACUGAUAAGCAUGGAAUGAUGCAAAUGAAGACCAUUUUCCCAGGAUUCUACAUUGAAAGGUCUAUCCACAUUCACGUCCAAGCCCAUACAGACUGGACCACACAAGAGAAUGGCACGCUUGUCUUCGAAAACACUGUGAGCACUGGGCAACUGUAUUUUGAGGAGGAGCUCGAGGAGAAGAUCAUGGCUCUGCAACCAUAUGCCUCUCAUACGGAAAUCAACCGCACCCGGAAUGACGUCGAUAUGGAGUUUUCUAAGGGUCAAAAGAAUGGUUAUAACCCGGUCGUCUCUGUGGUCGCGGUGGACGACGAUGAUCUCACUAAGGGAUUAAUCGGGUAUAUCACCAUCGGCGUUGAUACCACUGCUAUUUCGGAUGAGCGUUGGUCUGCUGCAUAG